GGAAAUAUCCAUCAACCCCUCUGAACAGCAGAAUUAAGCUAGCAGUUGCAGAUUUGCUGAUUUGCUGCGUAUUCUAAUUUGCUUGGCCUAAUUUUGGCACCAGUGUCCAACGGUCUUCGAUUUCUUUUGCUAAACCUGUGGCAGGGCCUUUUUCAAUGGAGCUUCUAGUAGAACCUAUCACGGAAGUGGUACAGUGUUUGGGGAGGUCAACCUGCACCUAUCUAGGUCAUCACUUAAAUUUUGAUGAAGCUGUGAAUGAUUUGAGAAGAGAAUUGCAAGUUCUAAUCUCUCGAAAAGAAGAUAUAAAUUUAAGCAUACAGUUUAAGGCUGGUAGGGGAAAAGAAGUAAAACAUGAAGUGCAAGCCUGGCUUAAACUUGUACAAGAAACCAAUAAUGAAGUGCAAGCCAUUCAAGAAAAGAUUUAGAGAGUUAAGUGGUACUCAAAGGGUCGUCUUCAAAAACUUGUUUGUAAGAAAAUUGAGGUGGUGAAGAGAAUGUAUGAACUAGGUUGUUUUCCUGAUGGUUUCACAGUGACAAUUGACAGACCUCCACAAGGAAUCAUAUUGCCAACUGAGAAUGUAGUGGGUGAAGAUUUUGUAGAAGAAAAAAUUUGGGGAUACUUGAUGGGCAAUGAGGUCAGAAAGAUUGGAGUUUGUGGGGAUGGUGGGAUUGGGAAGACUACCAUUAUGAAGCAUAUUAAUAAUGAAUUGUUAAGUGUGACCAAAUUUGAUAGGGUGAUUUGGGUCCAUGUGUCCUACCCACUCAGUGUUAUCAAUUUACAAGAAAAUAUUGCUCACGCCAUCGAUGAUAAAUUGAGACUCCCAAAAGGUGAGGAUAAAGUGAGGCGGGCAGCUACUUUGAUGAGCAUUAUGAAAGGAGUAGGAAGAUAUGUGCUUAUCCUAGAUGAUGUUUGGGAAGUGUUUUCUCUGAGUGAAGUGGGAAUUCUAAAACCAACAAUUCAGAAUGGAAGUAAAAUAGUCAUCACUAGUAGAUCCAGUGAUGUGUGCCAAAAAAUGCUUUGUAAGAUAGUCAAAGUGAAGCCUCUUUCAUGUCUAGAGUCUUUCAACUUAUUCUUUGAUAAAGUUGGGCAUCAUGUUCUGCAAGUACCAAAUUUAGAAGGAAUCUUGAAGCUCAUCGUGGAGGAGUGUGUUGGCUUACCGUUGGCCAUUGUUGUGAUUGCACAGAGUAUGAGGGGAGAAGAUGAUGUUGAAGUGUGGAAGAAUGCCUUAAAUGAAUUACAAGAAUAGGUAAAGAGUGUGAUUGGUUCAGAUCAAAAGAUGUUUAAGAGGUUAAGGUUUAGUUAUGAUCGUUUGAAUAAUUUUGAAAUCUAAAAUUGUUUACGUAUUCUUUUUAGGACUGUGGUUCUUAGAUUUAUGUAUUUUACUAAUUAUGUUUGCUUAUUAACUAGGCAUUGAUUUUAUCUUCA